AUUUCUUAGCAACUCCAAACUUCCUGGACUCUGCAGAAUUCCACUGUGCCUUUUGUCGACCUUGGGGCAAGGAAUGAUUCUCACCCUCGUCAACAUUCCUUGCCCCUGUAAUUGUGAACAGAAGCUUGCUGCUGCUUCUCUCCAGGGAGAUCAGGUCACGUGAGGGCAAGCAGUCUCCUGUCUGGUUCUCUGGAGAGGAGAGGGUUUUGUUGUGAGAGACAGGUGCUGUUGUAGUCCUCUAGGAAUUGUCACACCCUCGGCCAUUUGUGCUGCCUUUGUCACAUUGAACAGAGGUAUAGCCAUGCAGCUAUUUGAGAGGUCUUAGGUAGACUAAAGGAGUGGUCCUGUUGCUGGCAGAGGUCAGGGUGACCAUGAAGGGCUUCUGUUGGGCUCAUCCCAGCAAAAGUGACACAGCAACCUUUCUCAUUCUCCUCUGGAGUCCUUUUGCCGCUGUGGACCAGAGACUACACUGAAAGGCACAAACAGUGGCAUCUGUGUCUCUGGGGCCAGGACAGCAGUGCAACUGGAUGUCGUUUCAGAGUUGAUCCUAGGAGAUAAGGGUAGGGCCCCUGACGGCCACGCCUGCUGCCACUGAUCACAUGGGGAAGUCCAGUGUCCCUACCCGGACAGAGGCCAGCUGGGCAGGGACAGCAGAGCCUGGGAGUGCUCUGUGCUCCGAGUGGCUUCUUGAAGCCUUUGGUACCAGCGCCCCAGGCCAGCCAGGCAAGGAGAGUGGACUCUGUGCUGUCCCAGCCUUUCCCCUGACGAGGAACAGACACUCCCCAGGGCUGCUCAGUGGAGAACGUGUUGGAAUGAGGACCUUGACAUGGCUGCCUGGAAAUUCCUCAGGGGUCGCAGAGGCCUUGGUUUGGGGCUGGCAGGCACAGUGGCCCCCACAGCUGAGGAUUGUGGGGAGACACAGGCUCAGUCUGCUGGAGCGGGUCAGUGCCGAGGCUGUGACCACCACCCUGCACCAGGUGACCCGGGAGAGGAUGGAGGACCGUUGCCGAGGCGAGUACGAGCGCUCCUUCCUGCGUGAGUUCCACAAGUGGAUCGAGCGGGUGGUCGGCUGGCUCGGCAAGGUGUUCCUGCAGGACGGCCCCGCAAGGCCUGCGUCUCCUGAGGCUGGCAACACUCUGCGCCGCUGGCGCUGCCACGUGCAAAGGUUCUUCUACCGCAUCUACGCCAGCCUGCGCAUCGAGGAGCUCUUCAGCAUCAUCCGAGACUUUCCCGACUCCCGGCCAGCCAUCGAGGACCUCAAGUACUGCCUGGAGAGGACAGACCAGAGGCAGCAGCUGCUCGUGUCCCUCAAGGCUGCCCUGGAGACUCGGCUCCUGCAUCCAGGCGUCAACACGUGUGACAUCAUCACCCUCUACAUCUCUGCCAUCAAGGCACUGCGUGUGCUGGACCCUUCCAUGGUCAUCCUGGAGGUCGCCUGUGAGCCUAUCCGCCGCUACCUGAGGACACGGGAGGACACGGUGCGGCAGAUUGUGGCCGGGCUGACAGGGGACUCGGACGGGACAGGGGACCUGGCUGUUGAGCUGUCCAAGACCGACCCUGCAAGCCUGGAGACAGGCCAGGACAGUGAGGAUGACUCGGGCGAGCCGGAGGACUGGGUCCCGGACCCCGUGGAUGCCGAUCCAGGGAAGUCGAGCUCCAAGAGGCGCUCAUCAGAUAUCAUCAGCCUGCUGGUCAGCAUCUACGGCAGCAAAGACCUCUUUAUCAACGAGUACCGCUCGCUGCUGGCCGACCGCCUGCUGCACCAGUUCAGCUUCAGCCCUGAGCGGGAGAUCCGCAACGUGGAGCUGCUGAAGCUGCGCUUUGGCGAGGCCCCAAUGCACUUCUGCGAGGUUAUGCUGAAGGACAUGGCAGACUCCCGCCGCAUCAACGCCAACAUCCGGGAGGAGGACGAGAAGCGGCCGGCGGAGGAGCAGCCACCAUUCGGGGUCUACGCUGUCAUCCUGUCCAGUGAGUUCUGGCCACCCUUCAAGGACGAGAAGCUCGAGGUCCCUGAGGACAUCAGGGCAGCCCUGGAGGCUUACUGCAAGAAGUACGAGCAGCUCAAGGCCAUGCGGACCCUCAGUUGGAAGCACACCCUGGGCCUGGUGACCAUGGACGUGGAGCUGGCUGACCGCACGCUGUCUGUGGCGGUCACCCCGGUACAGGCGGUGAUCUUGCUGUAUUUUCAGGACCAAGCCAGCUGGACCCUGGAGGAACUGAGCAAGGCAGUGAAGAUGCCCGUGGCACUGCUACGGCGGCGGAUGUCUGUGUGGCUGCAGCAGGGCGUGCUGCGCGAGGAGCCCCCCGGCACCUUCUCUGUCAUUGAGGAGGAGCGGCCUCAGGACCGGGACAACAUGGUGCUCCUGGACAGUGACGAUGAGAGCGACUCCGGCAUGGCCUCCCAGGCUGACCAGAAGGAGGAGGAGCUGCUGCUCUUCUGGACAUACAUCCAGGCCAUGCUGACCAACCUGGAGAGCCUCUCGCUGGAUCGUAUCUACAAUAUGCUCCGCAUGUUUGUGGUGACCGGGCCUGCGCUGGCCGAGAUUGACCUGCAGGAGCUGCAGGGCUACCUGCAGAAGAAGGUGCGGGACCAGCAGCUCGUCUACUCGGCUGGCGUCUACCGCCUGCCCAAGAACUGCAGCUGAUGCAUCCGCCCACCUGCCCGCCAGGCGCUGCCCUGCAGGUGCUCUCGUCCUCCCAUGCCAGCUCCUGCCCGCCUGUGUCCCAGAAUGCACUGCUCAGGGGCACGCCCCUCCCACCCCCCACAGUGUGCAGAUUAAAGCAAGUCAGGUCAUC